ACACUUUGGCGGAAAAAAGGAAAAUCGUUUUCCCCAAAAAUGGGAUCCUCCAGCUCCGAUAGUGAAUCGUUCCGCAAGCAAAGGAAGCACAAGAAAAAGGAGAAAAAAUCUAAGAAAAGUAAAAAGGAAAAGAAACACAAAAAGGACAAGAAACAUAAGCGCCAGAGACGCUCCUCGUCGUCCAGCAGUUCCGGCAGUGCGAGCGAUGCGUGGAUCGAAGCGUUGCCGGGUUCAGCAAAUAAUCGUGUCGCAGAAAAGGAUACCGCACAACAACAUCCACCACCGGUGAAGCUAGAGCGAGAAGAUUGGAUGAAUUCCAUGCUUAUACCGACGUACAGUAAAGAACCGAAGAAGGAGGACAGCAAAACGGUGGCCGCACGUGAGCAGUACGAUCCCAAAACCAGUGUCCGGGAGUUGAACCCCCACUGGCGGAACGGUGGCAGUGGAUUGCCCAGCUUCCGAAAGCCCGCGAACGACGAGGACAAUGACGAUGACUACCCGCGGCACGGGCGAAAGGAUGAAUACAAACCGGCGAACCGCGUAGCUGCAGCUGGUGGUUGGAAAAAGGCGUCAAAUGAAGUUCCGAUUACUAAACAACGUGAACCACCACAAGACACUCCAGAGGAACGUUCCACUGAGAAGUCUUCCACGACAACGCAGUCCGAAACGCGCGAUGAACAGUUCUUAACGGACCAACAAUUGAACGAUUUGGGAGCGAAGCUUAUCAAGGCGGAACUUUUAGGUAACACAGAACAGGCCGAACGCUUGCGAGAUCAAUUGGCCAAGGCAAAAGCCUACCGAAUGGAAGUGCAGACAAAGAAGUCCCAAGAACCGACUUCAAAACGCAGACCAAUCGACGAGGAAGAAUCAAUCACAUACACCGCAAGAAGGUCGGCUGGCGAGUCGCAAAGGUAUGCCGAAAAGAAACAGAAACGAUACCAACAAAACCUUCCCCCGGGACCCGAUCUUUCGGAUAAGUUUCGCUCGGAAAGGCAUGACAAUGCCAGCAUGGAUGCUCAGUUCUUUAAAGUGUCGGCAAAGAUGGGCGAAGGUAAACGUCUCGAGAAUAUAUUUGAUCAUCAGAAGGCUACCUCAUCGGCUGCGGAUCCUGAGGCAUGCGAAGAACGAUCGGUACGCGAAAUGAACCAAAUGAGCAAAGCGCAGGCCGACUGCGAAAGGUGCCUCAACUCUGGCCGAUUUGCCCAGGAACAACUUAUAUCUAUGGGCAAAAAUGUGUUCCUAAGCAUACCGACUUGGAGAGCUUUGCAGCCGAAACACUGUUUCAUUGUGCCCGUGAGCCACUAUCCCUGCCUAACCCAGGUGGAUGAGGAUGUGCACCGGGAAAUAGUGGACGUUUGCAAGGCGCUCGUGGCAAUGUUCCGGAAGCAUCAGAUGGAGGUCGUUUUCUUCGAGACGGUGCGCUACCUAAACCGCAAUCCGCAUAUGUACAUUCAGUGUGUUCCGGCCAGGAAUUACGAGAUGGCUCCAUUCUACUUUAAAAAGGCGAUACUCGAAUCGGAAACCGAAUGGGCCAUGAACAAGAAGCUGCACAACGUGGACGGCUUUAACGUGCGGAGAAUAAUACCGAAAGGUUUGCCGUACUUUUGGGUUAACUUUAAUCUCGAGAAUGGGUUUGCUCACGUUAUCGAAGACCAGGAAGAGUUUCCGGUUACAUUUGCCACGGAAACCAUCGCAGGAAUCUUGGGCUUGGAUACGCGCGAAUGGCGGAAACCUCGGAAGGAGAUGAAUCCGGCACAGAAGGUCGCAGAAUUCAAGCGGUGGUGGCAGGAAUUCGAUAGCGUACUAAUAAAAGAUUAAUUUCGGUAUGUCUACCGGGUGU